CAGAGGGAAGGAAUAUCAUGGAAUAGGGCCAUGGAUGAGGUGCGAGUUGAAAAACUGAUCCAAAAGUACAAGGAUGAUGGCGAAUUGGACAGUGAGGAUCCGGCACUCAUGAUGUUAAAACAGUGGCCAAACUCUGAACGGUAUAAAAAUAGCCCUGAAAAGCUUCCAGGCCUUGAAAGGCUGAUAAACCGGUUAUUGGAUAUUCUAUUGGACAGUGAACUGAACUAUGAGAACAAAUACCAGAGAUUCAGAGAUAAAGAAGAUAAAACAAAGAAAACUUUAAUGCACUAUGCAGCUGAACUUGGAUUUUUAGAUGUCACCAAAACUCUUGCAAAGAAAUGUCCAUGGUUAUUAACAGUUGCAACAAAAGCACCCUUGAAAAAAAGAGGAUUAAUACCAGUUGAGAUAGCAUUAGAAGCAGAGAAUGAUGAAGUUACAGCAUACUUGAUUAGACUAAUGUAUCAUGAAAGAGCCCAGAGUUUAUUUUCUUGGCGACCAGAUCAGGACAUUACAAAUCCCCAGCCAUCCUUCUACACUUUCAAGUCCAUUAUUGAAAAUCCCAAAAUGAAGAAAACAGUUGUGGCUGUCCUUGACCAGAUGGUGAAUCCUCAUUGGCCACACCUUCCAAAACGGAAGGAAACAUACAGCAAUGAAGAAGAGAGAAAGGGGGUUGAAGGUGCCUGGAAUUCAAUCACUGAUGAUCCUUUGGACUAUCAAUUUUAUUAUCAUAUCUUGGAUGGUGAUGAGGGAGGGCGGCCUCCUAAGAUUGAGACCUCAGCAGAGAAAAAGGAGAGAGACAAUCCACAUUUUAAUUGGAGGAACAAAUCUUGUUUAGAAGUCAUAGCAAAGAGCAAAAAUAAGGAGGCUUUGCAACAUCCUGUGGUUAGAAUGUUGGUUAAAACAAAAUGGAACAGUUAUGGACACUUGUUUCUGAGCCUUCAAGCAGCUUUGUAUGUCAUCUUCUUGCUGUUCUUGUCAUAUUCUCUGCUUUAUGCCUCCACAAAACUGGACCCUACCCAGUACAGGGGUACAGCAGAUUUACUUCGUGGGAUUUGUGAAGUGUUCACCCUUCUUAUGGUUUUGUUUUACAUGUGUGAAGAAAUCAAUCAAAUGAGAGUAAAUGGCUGUUCAUACUUUAUUGAGUGGAUAACCUUGUUUGACUGGUUAGGCCUGGUGUUGAUCCUGUGUGUAAUACCCUUGCGGUAUAUUGGUAGUAAAUCACAGUGGUUGGUGGCAUCAUCAGCUUUCCUAUUUAACUUCUUGAGGAUAUUAAAGUUUUCUUGCCUGACGAGGACCACAGGGUUAUACACCAAGACCUUGGCUAAGAUUAUUCAGCAAGAUUUAGCCCGCUUUCUGGCUGUUUUUUCCGUGAUUUUUUUUCCUUUCUGCUCUGCCUUGUUUUUAUCUCUCCGUUCUUCUCGUCAAAUCCCAGAUAACAAGGAAUUUAGUGGUUUUCAAAGUGUUUUGUUAAGAGGUUUUCGUGCACUGUCUGAACAACGACCAAUUGCAGAAGAUUACUCUACUUUCAAUUGGCUCUCCAUUCUGUUAAUGCUGGCGUACAUGGGGACAGUGAUUGUGAUUCUUCUCAACAUACUCAUUGCACAGAUGAGCACGACCUACAUUCAAGCUAAGAAAGUUGCUCGUCUGGAGUAUGAUGUGGAUCGUAUUUUACAGCUCACACGCAUGGAAAGAUUUCCUUUUCUGAAUCUGCGUGUAAAGUAUUACAAAAAGGGAGGCUGGAUUAGCGAAAAGAAACUAGCAGAAGAACUUCUAGAAUUUAGUGAAGAUCGUAGUCCUUGGGAAUCAGUGGAAGAUAAGCUCUACGCGAUCAGGGAUAAGAUGAGGAAAAUGAUCAAACAGAUGAGGCAACAAAGAGAGUAA